CCCGCCGGAGCACAGACAGGUCCUGUUCUAAGAAGCCUUUCUGCCUGGCCCAGUUUGCCAGCACCUCUGACGUAAGGCAGCCAUGCCGCGCAGCCCGACGUCCAGCGAGGACGAGAUGGCCCAGAGCUGCUCCGACUCCUCCGCGGGGUCGGAGUCGGACAGCUCCAAAGAAGAGACCAUCUACGACACCAUCCGGGCCACAGCGGAGAAGCCGGGCGGCGCCAGGACGGAGGAGAGCCAGGGCAACACGCUGGUGAUCCGCAUCCUCAUCCAGGACCUGCAGCAGACGAAGUGCAUUCGAUUUAACCCGGACGCCACGGUGUGGGUUGCAAAGCAGCGGAUUCUGUGUUCGCUGAACCAGAGCCUGAAGGACGUCCUGAACUAUGGGCUGUUCCAGCCGGCGAGCAAUGGGCGCGACGGGAAGUUCCUGGACGAGGAGCGGCUCCUGCGAGAGUACCCGCAGCCUGUGGGCAAGGGUGUCCCCUCCCUGGAGUUUCGAUAUAAGAAGCGGGUGUAUAAACAAGCCAAUCUGGACGAGAAACAGCUGGCAAAGCUACACACAAAGACCAAUCUGAAAAAGUGCAUGGAUCAUAUUCAGCACCGUGCGGUGGAGAAGAUCGUCAAACUGCUGGAACGAGGCCUGGAUCCGAAUUUCCACGACCUGGAGACUGGAGAGACCCCCCUGACCUUAGCCGCUCAGCUGGACGACCCCGUAGAGGUGCUCAAAGCUCUCAGGAACGGUGGGGCUCACCUGGACUUCCGCGCCAAAGACGGGAUGACGGCCCUGCACAAAGCCGCACGAGCCAGGAACCAAGUGGCCCUGAAGACCCUUUUAGAGCUCGGAGCCUCCCCGGAUUAUAAAGACAGUUACGGCCUCACGCCGCUGUAUCACACUGCGAUCGUGGGGGGCGACCCCUACUGCUGCGAGCUGCUCCUGCACGAGCACGCCGCCGUGUGCUGCAAGGACGAGAACGGCUGGCACGAGAUCCACCAGGCCUGCAGGUACGGACACGUGCAGCACCUAGAACACCUGCUCUUCUACGGGGCGGACAUGGGAGCCCAGAACGCCUCGGGGAACACCGCCCUGCACAUCUGCGCCCUCUACAACCAGGACAGCUGUGCACGAGUGCUGCUCUUUCGAGGCGGAAACAAGGAAUUGAAAAACUACAACAGCCAGACUCCGUUUCAGGUAGCCAUCAUAGCGGGCAACUUUGAGCUGGCAGAAUACAUCAAGAACCACAAGGAGACGGACAUCGUGCCCUUCCGAGAGGCCCCGGCAUACUCCAACCGCAGGCGGCGGCCCCCCGCCACGCUGGCCGCCCCCCGGCUCCUGCUGCGCUCCAACAGUGACAACAACCUCAACGCCAGCACACCCGAGUGGGCCGUCUGCUCCGCCGCCUCCCACCGCAGCCUCUCGCCCCAGCUGCUGCAGCAGGUGCCCAGCAAGCCCGAUGGGGCCUUGAAGACCAUCGGCAGCUACACCCCUGGGCCCCGCAGCCGGUCCCCGUCGCUCAACAGGCUGGGCGGCACCGGCGAGGAUGGCAAGAGGCCCCAGCAGCCUUGGCACAUUGGGCCGACUUUCCCUCCCAGCGCCAACAAGGACGUGCUCUCCGCCUUCGAGUACCCGGGGCCCAAGCGGAAGCUCUACAGCGCGGUGCCCGGGAGGCUCUUCAUCGUCGUCAAGCCAUACCAACCCCAGGUCGAUGGCGAGAUCCCCCUCCACCGCGGCGACAGGGUCAAAGUUCUGAGCAUCGGCGAAGGCGGCUUCUGGGAAGGCAGCGCCCGCGGCCACGUCGGGUGGUUCCCGGCCGAGUGCGUGGAGGAAGUCCAGUGCAAGCCCAGGGACGGCCAGGCAGAGACUCGUGCAGACCGCAGCAAGAAACUCUUCAGACACUAUACGGUUGGCUCAUAUGACAGCUUCGAUGCUUCCAGUGACUGCGUUAUCGAGGAGAAGACGGUGGUCCUGCAGAAGAAAGACAAUGAGGGCUUCGGAUUCGUGCUCCGAGGGGCGAAAGCGGAUACGCCCAUUGAAGAAUUCACGCCGACGCCAGCAUUCCCGGCCCUGCAGUACCUGGAGUCUGUGGAUGAAGGCGGGGUGGCAUGGCAAGCCGGACUGAGGACUGGGGACUUCUUGAUUGAGGUUAACAAUGAGAACGUGGUGAAAGUCGGCCACCGGCAGGUGGUGAACAUGAUCCGCCAGGGAGGGAACCACCUUGUCCUCAAGGUGGUCACGGUGACCAGGAAUCUCGACCCGGACGACACCGCCAGGAAGAAAGCUCCCCCGCCUCCAAAGCGUGCUCCGACCACGGCCCUCACCCUGCGCUCCAAGUCCAUGACCUCGGAGCUGGAGGAGCUCGUGGAUAAAGCCUCCGUCCGGAAGAAGAAGGAUAAGCCGGACGAGAUAGUCCCGGCCGCCAAGCCAUCCCGAACUGCAGAGAACGUGGCCGUGGAGUCCAGGGUGGCCACCAUCAAGCAGCGGCCCACCAGCCGGUGCUUCCCAUCUGUCUCUGACGUGAACUCUGUGUAUGAACGCCAGGGGAUUGCCGUGAUGACGCCCACUGUUCCUGGGAGCCCGAAAGGCCCGUUUCUGGGCCUCCCUCGAGGUACGAUGCGAAGGCAGAAAUCAAUAGACAGCAGAAUCUUUCUAUCAGGAAUAACGGAGGAAGAGCGACAGUUUCUGGCCCCUCCGAUGCUGAAGUUCACCAGAAGCCUGUCCAUGCCGGACACCUCAGAGGACAUCCCCCCCCCACCGCAGUCCGUGCCCCCGUCUCCACCACCACCAUCCCCCACCGCCUACAACUGUCCCAAGUCCCCAACUCCAAGAGUCUAUGGGACGAUUAAGCCCGCGUUCAAUCAGAACUCCGCUGCCAAGGUGUCGGCAGCAGCCCGCUCUGACACGGUGGCCACCAUGAUGAGGGAGAAGGGGAUGUACUACAGGAGGGAGCUGGACCGCUACUCCCUGGACUCCGAGGACCUCUACAGCCGCAGCGCCGCCCCCCAGCCCAACUUCCGCAACAAGCGGGGCCAGAUGCCCGAAAACCCGUACUCAGAAGUUGGCAAGAUUGCCAGCAAAGCCGUCUACGUGCCCGCCAAGCCCGCCCGGCGGAAGGGCAUGCUGGUGAAGCAGUCCAACGUGGAGGACAGCCCCGAGAAGACGUGCUCCAUCCCCAUCCCGACCAUCAUUGUCAAGGAGCCCUCCACCAGCAGCAGCGGAAAGAGCAGCCAGGGCAGCAGCAUGGAGAUCGACCCCCAGCCCUCGGAGCAGCCGGGCCAGCUGCGGCCCGACGACAGCCUGACUGUCAGCAGCCCCUUCGCCGCCGCCAUCGCCGGGGCCGUCCGAGACCGGGAGAAGAGGCUGGAAGCCAGGAGGAACUCCCCGGCCUUCCUCUCCACAGACCUGGGGGACGAAGACGUGGGUCUGGGGCUGCCUGCCCCCCGGCUGCUGCCCUCCAACUUCCCCGAGGAGGGCGGGUUCGGCGAGGAGGAUGGCGUUGAGCAGCUGUCGUCGCCCACGUCAGGGGCAGCGCCCAGGGAGCCCGAGAACGAUUUCGUGGGUGUCGUUGAGGCCGGAGCUCAGGGUGAAGCCGGCAGGCCACUGAAUUCCACGUCCAAAGCCAAGGGGCCUGAGAGCAGCCCUGUGGUGCCCCCCAAGAGCAGCAACGCGGCCAGCCCUGAGAAUUACGUCCACCCCCUCACAGGGAGGCUGCUGGACCCCAGUUCCCCGCUGGCCCUGGCACUUUCCGCGAGGGACCGAGCCAUGAAGGAGUCCCAGCAGGGCCCCAAGGGGGAGGCCCCCAAGGCCGACCUCAACAAACCUCUCUACAUCGAUACCAAAAUGCGGCCCAGUGUAGAAGCGGGCUUCCCUCCGGUCACCAGACAGAACACACGGGGGCCCCUGAGGCGGCAGGAGACCGAGAACAAGUAUGAGACUGAGCUGGGCAAGGACCGGAAGGGCGACGACAAGAAGAACAUGCUGAUCGACAUCGUGGACACGUCCCAGCAGAAGUCGGCCGGCCUGCUGAUGGUCCACACCGUGGACGCUGCCCAGUCGGACAACUUCCUGGAGGAGGAGGACGAGAAGGCUGACAUGGAGACGGAGCCCGAUAACGCACCCACCGAGGUGCCAGCAGGCGUCCCUGAAACCACAGGUGCUUUACAGACCUCCGCCGGCCCCGAGCCCGCCGCCGCUGCGCCCAGCAGGACCAUCGUGGCAGCGGGCUCCAUGGAGGAGGCGGUGAUUUUGCCAUUCCGCAUCCCCCCGCCCCCUCUGGCAUCCGUGGACCUGGAUGAGGAUUUUAUUUUUACAGAGCCAUUGCCUCCUCCCCUGGAAUUUGCAAAUAGUUUUGAUAUCCCCGAUGACCGCGUUGCUUCUGUCCCCGCUCUCACAGACUUGGUCAAGCAGAAAAAAAACGAUGCCUCCCAGCCCCCUUUGUUGAACUCCAGCCAACCAACCAACUCUGCAGACAGCAAGAAGCCGGCCGGUCUUUCAAACUGUCUGCCUGCCUCAUUCCUGCCACCCCCCGAAAGCUUUGACACUGUCACGGACUCUGGGAUCGAGGAGGUGGACAGCCGGAGCAGCAGCGACCACCAUCUCGAGACGACCAGCACCAUCUCCACAGUGUCCAGCAUCUCCACCCUGUCCUCUGAAGGUGGGGAGAACGUGGACACCUGCACAGUCUAUGCAGAUGGGCAAGCAUUUAUGGUUGACAAACCCCCAGUACCUCCUAAGCCAAAAAUGAAGCCCGUAAUUCACAAAAGCAAUGCACUUUAUCAAGAUGCGCUCGUGGAAGAGGAUGUGGAUAGCUUUGUUAUCCCCCUGCCAGCCCCCCCACCGCCACCAGGCGGUGCCCAGCCCGGGACAACCAAGGUUAUCCAGCCAAGGACCUCCAAGUUGUGGGGUGAUGUCUCGGAGGUGAAAAGCCCGAUUCUCUCAGGCCCAAAGGCGAACGUGAUUAGUGAAUUGAACUCAAUCCUGCAGCAAAUGAACCGAGAGAAAUCAGCAAAGCCAGGGGAAGGAUUGGAUUUGCCAACGGGAACCAAGCCUGCCAGCCUCGCUCCAAGAAGCCCAGAGGUCAUGAGCACCAUCUCAGGUACACGGAGCACGACGGUCACCUUCACUGUUCGCCCUGGGACCUCCCAGCCCAUCACCCUGCAGAGCCGGCCCCCAGACUACGAAAGUAGGACCUCAGGAACAAGACGUGCCCCAAGCCCUGUGGUCUCGCCAACAGAGAUGAACAAAGAGAUCCUGCCUGCCCCCCUGUCUGCUGCCGCUGCAUCUCCUUCUCCCACUCUCUCAGAUGUCUUUAGCCUUCCAAGCCAGCCCCCUUCCGGGGACCUCUUUGGCUUGAACCCAGCAGGACGCAGCAGGUCGCCAUCUCCCUCGAUACUGCAACAGCCAAUCUCAAAUAAGCCUUUUACAACUAAACCUGUGCACCUGUGGACUAAACCAGAUGUGGCGGAUUGGCUGGAAAGUCUAAACUUGGGUGAACAUAAAGAGACCUUCAUGGACAAUGAGAUUGACGGCAGUCACUUACCAAACCUUCAGAAGGAAGACCUAAUAGAUCUUGGGGUGACUCGAGUCGGGCACAGAAUGAACAUAGAAAGGGCUUUGAAACAGCUGCUGGACAGAUAAGGGUGGCUGCUCUUUCCCUUCACAGACUUUUGUUAUAAGUAGAGAUGGGCUUAUACUGAAAUGUUUGGAUGGCCAAGCAGGUCUGUGAGCAGCAACCCCACUGCACGGGUUUGUCUCCUGGUACCCAAAGAGAUGCUGAGCAUGUCCACGGUGUGGCUGGGUGAAGGCCCUGAAACUCCCCAGCUCUCUCUGGCGGUUUCUUGGGCUGUUUCUGUGCAAUGGGGGACUAGGGGAGGGAGUUUUUCUAACACGGAGAGAGAUUCACACUUGCCUCCCAGCAUGCAGGUGGCCUCACUUUGCCAGGUCCACAAGACUGCCCCGUCGGUUUAGCACGGGAGCCCUGCCUUGCAGGCAGACACCAGUGUGCUCUAGAUACCUCCUGAGACCUCCCUCCUCCGCUUUCCGGGCAGUCUCACCCCCGCCCCAGCACAAGGCCUCUCCUCAGUCCGUGGCCUCUCGGAGGGCACUCAGUGCUUACUUGCUCCUUUCUUUCCUGUACUUGGCUUGCAGCGAGAAACCCCCAGACAUGUUUGUCCGGUGCACUUCCUUGGGCCUGAAAGGUAGAGAAACUUUUUUCCUGUAGAUUCUUUACCCCGUCUCCUCCUGCGAUGUGCAUCCAUGGCUCUUUGGCCAUGACGUUCUUGGCAGUGGUGGGGAAUUUGAAUGGGAUCGUGCUCAGCUUUGCUUAGCUUUCUUUCUUUAUUUCUGCACAUCUACUAGCAUAAUUCCAAAGUGGCCAAACAGAUGUCACAUGGAGUUAGUCAAAGCACAAAGUCACGAUUCCCAGGAGGAGAGGAAACCUGGCCAUGGAAACCAGCCAGUGCCGCUGCCUGGGUCCAAAGUCUCCCCCAGGAUGAGAGCAGUUGUCUGCCAGGAGUAUCUCUCCAGGACCAUGAGAAGGGGGUUCUCUGCCUUUGGGGAUUUUUUUAAAUUGAACGUUGUGUUGAAUUCUGCAAAGAUCAGAGCAGGUGAGCAUGCGCUUUGACUUGAAGGGCAAGAUACAAGGGUAAUGGUGGGCAUGUGCUGCUGCCAGGUGAGACAGCAUCCGCCAGGAGCUGGGUGGGGCAUGGUGACCUCAGUUCUGAGCCCGGCCAAGGGUAAGCAUCUCUGCUGAGAUGGCCCUUCUGCUCUCUGAGGCCAGGGAACAUGGGGCUUAGGGGCUUUUUCCCUCUCUCUCUGAGUGUCCAGGAACCCCACCAGCUUGUCUUAAUAGUGCAAGAGGUUUUCUGAGAACCCAGUGAGUAUGGCAUACAGACAGGACCCAGGGUUGAGAACAGAAGGUGGGCUGCAGGGUGAGGGUGCAGUGCCGAUAAAUAAGACAGGAAAGAGUAGGAAGGAGUCCUGGACCACUGUCUUGCCUCUCUGGCAAGGCUUUCAUGAGCCCUGCCCCAUUCCUUUCCCUAGAAUCCCCCCACCCCGUAACAAUACCUCUGAUUUCCAAGGGAGGUCGCCAGUCACACAUGGGCUGCAAAACAUCCAGUCAGGCUUCCAGCACAUUCUCCCACGUUUGGAAGAAACUUGAAUGUCAGGUUUUUGGCUUUUAUUAGGAUUUCAGAACUAGCCUAGCCCAUCUCUAAUUAUAAAAACAUGAUUUUUUUUUCCU